AUGAUCAUGAUCCUGCUCCAAAAGGGUGGUAUAAUGUUGGGACCCACCUUCUUAGGGCGCAACCAGAGGCUUAGGAAUGUGGUGUUUCCUGAGAGGGAAGGAGUUGUUUUGAAUACAAUAUCAGAGGUAAGUAUGAUGUACAUGUUCUUCUUGAUUGGUGUGAAAAUGGACUCGAAUUUAAUAUUGAAACCUAGUAGAAGGGCAUUGAAGAUUGGUUUGUCAUGCUUGUUACUUCCUUUCAUGUUGGUUUCUACCGCCGCCGUCUUCCUAGAGGAAUUUCUCCCAAUACCCAACGAUGCAUCGUUUCUGGUGUUUUUUUCUCUAACUCUGUCCAUCAGUGCCUUCCCUGCUACUGCUCACGCAAUGGACGAACUCAAUCUCCUCACCUCCGAAUUGGGCAAGCUUGCAAUGUCCUGUGCAAUGGUGAACGACAUGAUCGGAUGGGUCUUCAUAACAAUUGUUACAGUUAUUGGCCAGAGAAACUUGACAGACUCAUUUGGAGUAAUCCUGUCUUUGUCUGCAUUUAUCAUCUGUGCAACCCACGUUCUACGGCCGUGCAUAAUGUGGAUUAUCAAGAGAAUUCGUAUCGGAGGAGAAGUGGAGCAAUCUUACAUUGUGAUUAUACUAGUCGGAGCGGUGGCUACGGGAUUCGUCUCCGACCUUAUAGGUUUGUCUCCUGUCACUGGGGCUCUUGUCCUAGGGAUAGUUAUACCGGAGGGCUCAUCACUGGGGAUAACCCUCGUCCAAAAGGCUGAAACCAUAAUCACAGAGAUUCUUCUUCCCUUCUUCUUCCUUCGUUGUGGCUUGUACACAGACCUGUUCAAGAUACGAAACCACACCACUUUUGCCUGCCUGCAAUUCAUCAUGUUGCUUGCACAUGUAGGGAAGGUGGUGGGUACGAUGAUUUCUUGCAAACUCAACACUCAGCAUUCCUUCUCCCUCGCUCUUAUCAUGAAUAUCAAGGGCCUCAUCAACAUAACUGUGUUCAUACAGUGGAGAACAAGAAAGCUCAUUGAUGACGAAUGUCUGACCAUAUUGGUACUGUCCUCCCUCUUGGUCACAGCCCUAAUAAUGCCCGUGCUGACAACCCUCUACAAGCCUCCUAGGUAUUUUGGGAUAGACACAGCGGGAGCAAUCCAAACUGCACGAACCAACCAUGAGCUUCGAAUCGUUGCCUGCAUCACCGACGAGAAAAGCGUCAAUGCCAUCAUCUCCGUCAUUGAAGCUUUCCAUCCAACCCAAAACAGCCCAAUAUAUGCCUAUGUGCUCCACCUGGUCGAGCUGGUUGGCCGAUCUCUUCCUGUGGUAGCCGACCCCAGCACCAUUGACAACUGGGACACCUGUAAACCCACCACCUCUGAUCAAAUCGUGCGUGCCUUUAACAAGUACUCCGUCUGCUCAAAUGGGACUGUCAACGUUCAGCCUCUCACCGUGAUCACACCCUGUAAAACCGUGCACGAGGAUAUUUGUUGGCUAGCUCAUGCCAAUAGAGCAACUCUAAUUCUCUUGCCUUUCUACAAGAACGACCUCAGAAUGAGUGGUGCUGCCAUAUCUAGCCUUACCCACAACGUACUGGCCGGAGCACACUGCUCGGUGGGGCUCCUUGUCGAUCACAGUAGUUACAGAAGUUACUCCCGUCCCGCUGGGCGUGGACACUACUCUUACAACGUGCUUCUCAUAUUCUUGGGCGGAGCGGAUGACCGUGAGACACUAGCGUUGUGCAGUCGAAUGUCCACACACCCGGGGUUGAGUGUCACCAUUUUAAGGUUUCUACUUUCGAACGACAAGGAGAAUGAGAGGGAUAGACACCUCGACGACCCACUUCUGUACGAAUUUAAACUUAAGAACAUCAACAAUGAAGUUUCCCAGAUCCGUGAGGAGGUUGUGGAUGAUAUGGAGCAAGCUUUUAGUUUAAUUCGAUCUCUAAAGAGUGACUACCAACUUAUGAUGGUGGGGAGACGACAUGGGACGUGCAAGGCGCACAAUGGAGCUAUGGCAGAUUGGACUGAGAAUACAGAGCUUGGGGUGCUCGGCGACACACUUGCGACAACAGAGUUUUCAGAUAGUGAGUUCUCUGUAUUGGUUGUCCAAGCAGCGCUGUGAUUCAGUUAGAUGGGAAUCUGGUCGAAAGAAAAUCAAAUCAGGUAGGUCUUAAUGAGUUCUCUGUAUUUAACUUUCUGCCCAUAGAUUGAUCAAAGUGUGUGUUCUAGAUUUGGAUAGAUGGUAUUUAGAUGAAUUCAUAAAUAGAGAGAGAACAGGUAUCCUGACGAAAAGGGGAGGAACAAUA